CAGCAUCAUCACGCAGCACCCCCAGCAACAAGAAAAUAUACUUUCGGCUCCACGUUCAUCUCUUCAACUCCACAAUCGGUUUCUCCACGCCAAUGGAUGAUUCCCAAUUACGCGGGGAAUAACCCCACCGGGGAGACAGCGACAGAGAUGGAGUGCAUAUGAAGUCCGGGGUCUUGGAGGUCAUCGUCUGCAUCUAGUUUCUUUUCUCAGGAGCAUUGUGAGAAGCAGUGAGCACUCAGUAUGGAUGACAAAGACGUCGACGCUACGCACCUUGAGCUCGCCAAGCCAAAGGCAGGACACCAGAACCCCACGGGUACGGUGAAGCUGGUUGAGGAUGGAGAGAUAGUCUUGAUUCCAACCCCAUCGCCGGAUCCGAGAGAUCCAUUGAACUUCCCACAAUGGCAGAAAUGGGUGAUCACAUUCGUGUUGGGAAUGUUCUCCGUUCUAGGUGUCCUAAUGACCUCGGGCAUGGGUCCCUUCGUAUCCAUCAUGAUGGCCUACUACGACUAUAACCCGCAUACCGACGAUCUGAUGACCUACCCGACACUAUUCAUGGGAAUCGGAAAUCUCAUUGCCAUGCCGCUGGCAAUGGCUGUAGGCCGGCGUCCAGUAUUCUUGGCCUCGGCAUUGAUUCUGACCGUGGGCUCCAUCUGGUGUGCCGCGAGUGGAAGCUUGUCAUCGCAUAUUGCGGGGAGAGAUGUGCUUUCGUUGGCGGCAGGGCAGUCGGAGGCGCUGUGUCCGCUUAUUAUUCAGGAAAUCCACUUCGUCCACGAGCGGAGCAGUCGACUGGCUUGGUUCAGCGCAAUCCAGUCCAUUGGCACAGCGGCACUAACCAUCGCUACCUCCUACCUAGUCAGUAGUCUAGGCUGGCGAUGGUGGUACGGGGUCUUCGCCAUCGCCAGCGGAGUAGUCUUCCUCGCCUCCCUCUUACUAGUCCCCGAGUCACGCUACGACCGACCAACCGACGCCUUCGAAGGCGAAGUCCACGUCCACCACGAAGGCGAAACGCAAAUCAUCGUGCACGCAACCACCAAGAACCGCAUCCCCCUAGACUACACCAACUACCAAGCCCGAACCUGGAAACACAGCCUCGCCCUCUACCACGGCCCCGCCAACUGGCACGAAGCCCUCACCUGCUGGAAACACAUGGGCCAAUGCAUCCUCUUCCCCAACAUCCUCUGGGUCGUCCUCAUGAACAGCGUCGCCCUAGGAAUCUACGUCAUCGGCGUCACCGAAUACUCCUCCAUCCUCGGCGCACCCCCCUACAACUACCCCACCACCAGCCUGGGCCUCGUCCAGGGCGGCCAGAUCGUCGUCUCCAUGAUCAUGGUCCCCGUCCUCGGCUACGGCGGCGACCAACUCUACAGACUCGUCGCCCGCCACCGCAACGGCAUCGUGGAAUCCGAAAUCCGUCUCCUCCCCAUCCUCCUCCCCAUCAUCGUCCUACUCAUCUCCUGCAUCAUCUUCGGCCGCGCCGGCUCCCAUCCCACGCACUGGUCCCCUUGGGCCAUCACCACGACCUUCAACGGGAUGUAUUUCGCAUAUAUCGGCAUCAUCUUAAUCGGAUUCACCUACUCAUUGGAUAGUUACGGGGAACGGGCAGCGCCAAUUUUGGUGCUCAUUUGUGCGAUCAGGGGCUUGAUCUCGUUUGGGAUCUCGUUUGGGAUUACCAAGUUUGUCACGGAGAAGGGGUUUCAGGGCGCGUUGGAUAUUUGUGCGAUUAUUGCGGGCGUGGUCUCGGCUUUCGGCAUCUUGGUGUUUGUGUUUGGGGCGUGGAUUAGGAGGGUUACCAUGCCGUUUGCGGUGGAUGGGAGGUGUGCGGAGUAUUAGUUUGAAAUACUAGUUUAUAUGUGGUUGCUUUGUGGUUUGUGAUGUAAGCUUGGUUGUUGAUGUUCUUUUG